UUGGCGCAGGUGAUCGGUGUCGGGAUGUGAGAGUAACGCGGAGGAGAAGGGAGGAGAGGGAACGUUCUGAUGGAGAAGUGUCUCGGGCUCGAUUUGAAAUAAAAAAAGGAUACCAUCCACCUUCGAUCCGCGCUGUAACACUCGACGAUGAGCGCUUCACCGAAAGGGGCACUUUGAGCUACGAUGAGGUUAACUUCCGGUGGGGAAUAGUACUAUGAUUUGGUAUGUGGCCACUUUGAUAGCAAGUGUUUUCAGCAGCCGAGGAACGGCCGCUCAAGGUGCCCACGGAGUGCGAGAGGAACCCCAGUUUGUGACGGCGCGUGCAGGAGAGAACGUCAUCCUGGGAUGCGAUGUGUCCCAUCCCUUGAACGGCCAGCCCUACGUGGUGGAGUGGUUCAAGUAUGGCAUGCCAAUCCCCUUCUUCAUCAACUUUCGUUUUUACCCUCCUCAUGUGGACCCGGAGUAUGCUGGCCGGGCCAGUCUGUAUGGCAAGUCCUCCCUGCGGAUAGAAAACGUCCGUUCAGAUGACCAGGGCUGGUAUGAAUGCAAGGUGCUGAUGUUGGAGCAACAGUAUGACACUUUCCACAAUGGCAGCUGGGUGCAUCUAACUGUCAAUGCUCCUCCCACAUUCACAGAUACGCCACCUCAGUACGUUGAGGCCAAGGAGGCCGGGAGCAUCACUUUGACCUGCAUGGCCUUUGGCAACCCCAAACCCUCGGUCAGCUGGCUGCGGGAAGGCAACCUUAUGGUCACCAGUGCCAAGUACAAGGUAUUUGAUGGGAGUUUGACGGUGCUAUCCAUCACCCGAGAGGAUCGUGGUGCCUAUACAUGUCGAGCCUUUAGCCCCCAAGGAGAGGCCAUUCACACAACACGGCUGCUAGUUCAAGGCCCUCCGUUCAUUGUGUCGCCGCCAGACAAUAUUACAGUCAACAUCUCGCAGGACGCCUUCUUCACCUGCCAGGCGGAGGCCUACCCUCGGAACCUUACCUACACCUGGUUCUGGGAGGAGGAUAAUGUCUUCUUCAAGAAUGACCUAAAGCGCAGGGUCAGUGUUCUGAUCGAUGGCUCCCUCAUCAUUGCCCAAGUCAAGCCUGAGGAUGCCGGGAAAUACACGUGUGCUCCGAGCAACAGCCUUGGCCAGCCACCGACUGCCUCUGCCUACCUGAGUGUGCAAUAUCCUGCCCGUGUUGUAAACAUGCCGUCUGUCCUCUACGCGGCCAUCGGUCUGCCAGGCUUUAUCCGGUGUCCUGUAGAUGCCAACCCACCUGUAACUUUGGUUAAGUGGAAGAAAGAUGGUCUUCCUCUCCGGAUAGAUAAGUACCCCGGGUGGAGCCAAAUGGACGACGGGAGCAUCCGUGUGGCAGAGGUGACGGAGGACUCUCUCGGCACCUACACCUGCAUGCCUUACAAUGCCCUGGGUUCCAUGGGAUGGUCCCCUCCCGCUCCCCUGGUGCUAAAGGACCCUCCCAAAUUCUCAGUGGUCCCUGGAGGGGAGUACAGACAGGAGGCUGGGAGAGAACUUGUUAUCCCUUGUGAGGCAGAAGGAGACCCAUUCCCCAAUAUAACAUGGAGGAAGGUAGGCAAGUCCAGUCAAAGCAAGCACAAUGUUCUGCCUCGAGGCAACUUACAGUUCAAGUCACUUACAAAGGAGGACCAUGGGGAAUGGGAGUGUGUUGCCACCAACGUUGCUACGAGCGUCACUGCCAGCACGCAUGUCCAAGUCAUAGGCACAAGCCCCCACUCCCCCACCAGCGUCCGUGUGGUGGCAUCCUCCACCUGGGCCAACGUGUCCUGGGAGGUGGGCUAUGACGGAGGCUUCCAGCAGACGCUCUCAGUCUGGUACGGCCAUGCGCUAAAAAGGGAGCAUUUGGGCCCACAUGACUGGCUGUCCAUACCAGUGCCAGGAGGCCAAGAGUGGAUGGCAGUGUCUGGUCUGGAGCCCGAGACAACAUACCAGUUCAGCGUCCUGGCCCAGAACAAGCUCGGCACAGGCCCCUUCAGCGAGGUUGUCACUGUGAACACAUUAGUAUUUCCCAUUAGUACCCCUGAACCACUGGUGCUGCUAACCCCACCACGGUGCCUCACAGCCAAUCGCACGCAGCAGGGAGUCCUGCUCACCUGGAUCCCACCCGCCAAUCACACAGCACCGAUCCAGCAUUAUGUCAUGGAGUUUCGCUUAGGGGAACGAUGGGAGGUCCUGGAUGACAACAUCCCCUCCAGUGAGACGGAGAUGCUCGCUCGCGACCUCAUACAGGAGGCCUGGUAUGAGUUCCGUGUCAUGGCUGUCAUGGAUGAGAUGAUCAGUGAGCCCAGCAACAUAGUAGGGGUGUCCAGUACAGACUUCUUUCCACCUCCAGAGUUGGUUGAGGAAUCAGGGUUGGCGCGACCAGUCGUGGCUGGUAUUGUGGCCACAAUCUGCUUCUUGGCCGCAGCUGUUCUUUUCAGUACAAUGGCAGCCUGCUUUGUCAAUAAGCAGCGGCGGCGGAAGCUCAAAAGAAAAAAAGAUCCCCCUCUUUCCAUAACCCACUGCAGAAAAAGUAUGGCAUCGCCGCCAUCCUCAGGGAAGGCGAGCCCAGAAAGCAUUCGCUCAAAAGCCUCCUCCCUAGCAGAAUCAUCUGAGGACAGUCAUACCCAACGUGGGAAGAAACCGCCCCCAAGUCCAGGGAAGAAGGAGGAGUCUCUGUACAAGAAGACCAAAAGAGCAAUAACCAGCAAGAAGUACGUCUCGAAGCUUGAAGGUGAAGCAACAACACCCAUUGAGCUCAUCAGUCGUGGCCCAGAUGGACGCUUUGUCAUUGAUCCCACUGACGCAGAAUUGUCUGUCAAGCCCCGAAGAAUUGAGGGCUUUCCCUUUGUGGAAGAAUCAGAUCUCUAUCCUGAAUUUCGGCAAUCAGAUGAAGAGAAUGAUGACCUUCGGCCUCUUCCACCAGUUAUGGCCCCCCUUCGGCCUCACCAGAUUUCACCCAUCUCCAGUCAUGAAUCCUACCUCCAGCCUCCAGCCUACAGCCCUCGUUUCCAGAGGCCGUUUGAAGGUAUGACCAUCAUGGAGAGCAGUCGACUUCAGGCCACAGGGCAGAUUCGAGGCUCUCUCCAUCACAGGGCUUUCUAUGGCUACCUAGGCCCACCUGGGGAUCAUGAUCCUCCUCCUCCUUUUUACAUGACUGAUACCAGUCCCCUUAGCUCUGUCAUGUCUUCCCCGCCAUACCUAACUGAAGGUCCUUUUGGCUAUCCCAUGAUUCCAGAAGAAAUGGGAGAGGGUGAUUUCACACAUUAUGCCGUCUCUGGCUACCCUUAUCCUCUGACACUCACUUCUUCUUCUCAUUCACCGGAAUUUUGGCGGGGAAUGGAUUUUACCUUUUCAACUGUGGAGGGGCCACAGUUCAUUUUUCCGCCACAGCCCUCUCUGCAUCUUCGCCAUGACUCUCCGUAUCCACCACCACCUCAUGUUCUCCCCCUUAGUGCUUUUCAACCCUCCUCCCUCCCAAUGCCUACCUAUCCAUCUGUUUUGCCACUAGAAGGUCCACAGAGUCAUGCAAGCAAGUCUCCCAGCAAGGCCAAGCCUCAUGGCUCUCCAGCCAGGCGUUUUGCUAUGCAAGAGGCUCAUUUAGGGCAGCUAAGACAUACAAGCCACAGUAUGGGUGUUCCGCUUUUGCCUUACACCGAUCCAAUGGCCCACAUUGGCCCAAGCACGUUCAGUAGCCUAGAUACCCGAUGGUUCGAAUCUACCCCCCGCUUUAGCCCAAGACAGGUUCGUAGGAUGGAUUCUGGUGUGCAUCAGGUGGUUCUCCAGCCCUCUCGACUUUCACCCCUCACCCAGAGUCCCUUUAGUUCCCAUGAGGGAUCUCCCGAGAUUGUUGUACGUCCCCGGCCACGUCCAAACAUUGUUCAUGCUCCCAUUCCCCCAGAGAUGUCUGAGAUUACCCUCCUGCAUCCUUCCGCGGCCACCUUCUCAAGAAGAUCUUCCCCUUCUUCCUCACCUGCACUAGGCCAGGGUAGCAGAAGAGCCAGUCCUAGCUAUCGUUCCCACAUGGCCUUUGCUUCAUCUGCAACCAGCUAUCCAGCUUCCCAGUCCCCAUCACCUCCCAUGGAAAGCAGCAACAUAUUUGGGCAGGUGCCAUCUCAAAGGAGGACUGAGGAGGAGAUCCUUCCAUCUGAGCCCUCUCCACCCCAGUUGUCAGCUUCAGGAAAACGUCGAGGGGCGCCGAGUGUCCUUUCGGGGUCUGAGAGGAUUGACGCUCUGAGAUACCAACGCAUUAGAAAGGCAAAGAAGAUGACGAUGAAUAACAAUAAUUCCAAGACGAGGAGGAAAGCAGGUGUCUCCACCUCUCAGACCCAGCAGGCCCACACCUCUCAGGUAUUACAGCCCGAAGAAGCCCUCUACCUCCACAGGAAGAAGAAACGGCUCCUCUUUCAUGACCCAUACACUCGCUUUUCUGCUCUGCUGUACCGCCGCCCUCUCCGGGAAGACCAGAGGGCAAUUUUGGCUUGUAUGGACAAUGUAGAACUAGACCACGCCACCUUCCUCUGAAAGUCCACAAGGGUUAAGGUCAAGUAGGGAUAUGUCAUCAUGUGACACAUUUUAACUCUACAAUAUACUCUUCUCUUUGCAAUUUAUUUGCUGCUUGGAGGGAGGAGCACUAUUUUAGCAUUUAGGUUUGGUGCAACCUGUCGGUCAACCACAAAGGACUCAUUUGGAACCACGACAGAUGAAGGUAAAGAAUGAGAUCAGAUCAAGAUAAAACGACGAUAAUCUUCCAAAUUUCACUCAAAAUCAAGUUGUCAUUUUGUCGAAACGCUGGCCUGUGGAAUUGAUGCUUAAAUGUCCAAGCCUGUUGGCUAUAGGCUACAAUUACAUUGUUAUUAUUUCUGGAACGCUGAAGGUCACUGAGGCGCAUGUUAUUCUGCGCCAGUGGUGUUCUAUUUAUUCUUAUUCCAACAUGAAUGUUCCGUUUCGCUCCCUCUUUUUUUGUAAUUCUACGUUUUCCGUGUCAAAAUCCCUGUUGAAAAUGAAGUUUCACAUUUCUCAGCUCAUUCAAACCACUCCAACAUGAGGACAUUUAAGCAGAUAUUCAGGCUGUCUAAAUUCCCCCUUUCCCUAAAAUUCCACAUUUUCGAAACAAAAAUGCCCUUUGUCCUUAAGAAUUUGUACGACUUCCACGUUUCUCGACCAAAUCACACCAUUCCAACACCAAAACAUUCUGCUCAUCCAGCUCGUCUAUUUCUCGUAUUCCAAAACAGUACAAGUUUCCCAAAAUUCCACAUGUUCCGGCCCAAAGAUUCCCCUAUUUCUUAACCCGUCAAACCAUUCCAGUAUCAAAACCAAAAUUUCCCACUUUAACCACAAUUCUGCAAUUUUCAUACAGCAUUUCAGUUCACAUUCACGCUAUUUCUACAGAAAUUGCCUUCUGUGGCCAUCAUUAUGAUUACUAUCAAAACAAUUUACAGUGCAAAAAAACGCAGCGGCUUUUAGUUGUCCAUUAAAAAAAUUCCAUUCUUUCAUCAUGUUUUUCCUGUGCCAAGUCAGUCCGGCACCCUAAAAAGUAGUGUCCGUUUCUGUUUACAGUUCUACUGUAGGUACUCUAGAGGGCUCCGAAUCCUAAUCAGAAAAACCAACUGUUAAGGCAAAAACACCUCAAAAGCAACGCUGUGCAGUGGAUGACAGGAUUUUGUGCCAUAAUACGGAACUUUUCACCGUUUUAGAAAGAAUCAAGGUAAACGGUUUUGUUUGAAUGCCUGCCUCACUUCACUUUAAAUCCAAAUGUUAUUACUGCUGAGAUGUUUAAUGUCCAUCGGUGGGUGAAUGUAUUGGACAAUUAUGCAUGCGGUCUCUAUAUUGAGACUUUGAACAGCCGUCAUUUAAGAAUUGAGGCACAUUACCAUCUUAGACGUUUUUCUGUUGUUUUAAUGUCAUUUUUAUUUCAGUUGAGAUGAGAUGUUUCAGUCUGCCUGGUCCACAAAUAAGGGGAUGAACACUUUGUGACUAAACAGGACAAAAAUGAAGUGCCAUAACCGAGAUUGAUUGAUCACGUGAUAUUUAUGACUUUAGAUUGAUCUGCAUGACUGAGUUUCAUUCAGAAUGAACUGAGGCUGGAUUUACACUGUAAAAGUACUUUUAUUCUCUCUUCUUAAGUUUUGAUAAAACAAGGUGCUCAGUUUCUUAAUAAGACGUAUUGACCUUAGUAAUACUGUAUAUCCCCAGCCCCGGCACAUGGCAGCAGCAUCCAGGCUGUGCCGUGUUUUGUUUUUGUAUAGAGAUAUUCAGCAAUGAUUUUCACGAUUAUUGAUUGUCUUUUUGUGUGAUUAGGAGUGAAGAUUCUACCCCAGCUGCAACGCCAACAGAAAUAAGCCACAACUCAAAUAUUCUAAUUUGUCUAAUGAUGUAGUCGCCAUGCUACACGCUACUGCCUUAGGUUUAGACGCCGCUGGUUCGAGACAACCAGCUACAACCAGAUAAUGUAGUCAUAGGGUAAAAUUUUCCAACAAAUCCACCUUUUACUGUUCUUAUAGUUUACAUUUUACAUUUUAAGUGCCUUCAUUUACAAUUAAAUACUUCCCAGUGGUUUCAGCUUACAUGUAUACACGAUAUUGUAUAUGUGCAUUUUGCCGACAUGUCAACAUCAAACUACUUCUGAUGCCAAAAGAGGCGAUACGAAAUGAAAACAAAAAAUACUUAACGGGCAAAUAUACAGGAUGUCCCUAAAGUCACACAAGCAAAAAUACAUACAUUGUACAAUAAUCAAAACAAAAUAAGAAUAAUUUAAUAUACCCAAAAUAAUAUCAUAGUGUUGUCUUAAUUUCGUAUAAAGUUGUCCCUCGUUUAUUGCGGUUAAUUGGUUCCAGACCCAACUGCAAUAAGUGAAUUUCCGCAAAGUUGGAUUCAUUAUUAACAAAUGUAUUAUUUUGCAUAGAAAAUCUCUUUGGUAGAACGUACUUCCUGGUGGCUAUUGUCUCAUUAAUGUAACGUUACUGACCCCUAGAGACCAAUAUAGAAUACUACUUUACCGCCACUGUUUGUGGUAAAGGAGAGACUCACGAUGCACUUCAAUCGCUUUAUUAACAAGCAGAGAACACAUGCAGUGAACAUUCACACAGGAGCUGCUGCCGGCCACUCUCUACACUGCUAACCUGCUGCGAGCGCUCAGCUAACAGUCAACUCUAGCUAGCUUCUUAAAGGCGCACACAAAUCACAGAUACUAUAUCACGUCCUUUGAAUGCCUUAUAUUUGUUAUGCUUGAAAAUACUUAAUUGUGAAACACCGCAAUAGAGUGAGGGCGCAAUGUUUGAACCGCGAUGUAGCUAGGGACGAAUAUAUUCAAUUCAAUAUUACAUACGUAUAUAAUAUUUUUUACACAUAUUAUUGUGGUAAUUGAAAUUAUUUUUUAAAUAAUCAAUUAUUUAAUGUGUAAUUUUUUAUUUAUUAAUUAAUGUUAUUACAAAUUAAAUACAAGUGUUUUUUGUAUGUAUACUGUAUGUCUGGAAUUUUGAGACACCCUGUAUAUUUGAAGUAAAGGGAACAUGGGACCAUCAAUUGAUUUUUUUACCUCAAAAUUAGCAAUUUUACUUAAUUUGUGAUUGUCCAUCAAUGGACAUUUUUUAAAAGAUUGAACAUCAUUUCAAAUGCAUAUUCAGAGAAAUUGGGAAGUCCUGCAAUAAUAAAUAUGUAUGAAAGUGCUUUGUUGGCAUUGUGGCUGGACUCAGGAUCACACUGCAAAAGAAAGAAGGGCCAGCUAUUCCAUCAAGGACAUUUGCAGAACGUAAGGCACUCGUUUGCGCUGCUUGCCGAGCACGCAAACUAUGCAAUUGAGCCUUCUCGCUGGUAUUGAUUAAGAAAAUGUUGAAGGCAGGAAAGACAUUGUAUUGAAUGUUUCUCUGCUAACUGCAUACACUUUGUGUUGCCAACAUGACAGCGGUCUGUAGUUGCGUAUAGUACAUUGUUGUAUGAAGGGCAGGAUAAACUCGCUAACAAAUAACCAACAGGCUGAAACGUGCAUUUACGCUGAUGUGGAAAUAAGCAAAUACUGUUAAACACACAAGACUGGAAGCAAAGUGCUUGGAAAUUAAAGCGUAUUUACAUAUCUUAUGUCAAAUAUGUUAAAAAGCACUGCAGGUCUCUCAAAUACUUCAGUUACAAAACCAAUUUAUACAGUACAAUAUAGUCAAACAAAAAAUUAAACAUAUAUAUAUAUAUAUAUAUAUAUAUAUUAUAUGUUAGAAAUAUAUUUUCUCUGUUUAACAACAUUUAGUUUCUGAGCAUACAACUUUUAGAUGUGGAAAAUGACCUCAAAGGAUUAUUUAAUAAGAUAUACAGUACAUAUAAUAAGAAUCUAUAUUUUAGAAUUGACAAAAAAUGUUGCAGAUUUAAUUAAAUCAGUCAGUGAUGUGCAUGUGUUUAAAAUAUAACAAUAGAAGAUGUAAUCCCUUUUUUACUUUUACAAUUUUAACAUUUUUAGUUGGAUGACUGGAUAACUAAAAAGACUCAACAUAUUUUUCCUCUCAUAAGAUACAUGAAAUUACAGCAGACAAUGAUACAAGCAAACAAAGAAUGGACAGGGAUGGCCGAUACCGAUACCACUUUUUCAUGUGUGAUACUGCAACAUUAUUGUAAUACGUUUGUAUGCAUGUACUUUGCUUAACAUCUAAAAAAAAAAAAAAAAAAAUACCAUGUUCAGGCAGUGCAACAAAUAUUCUGCUCCCCCUGGAGGGAAGAAAUGAAAUGACCAACAUGACUCAAGGUAUGCAGGACUGCUGCUGUUGCUUGUUAUUUAAACGAGGAAUGUCCCAUAUGGUCUUUUUUCCCUGAUAUGCCGAUAUUUCCAACUCUCAAUUUCCGAUUCCGAUAUCAACCGAUACCAAUAUGUAUAACAUCACGUAUCUCCUGUCGUGGAAUUAACACAUCUGUUGUGAAGCUAAUGGAUACAGCAAUUAGCCUCUCAACGUGGCUGUAAACAUCUCCCGUAAGCAAACUACCGCGUCUGCCUGCCGCUGUUUCCACGGUUUUUGCCAGUUUCGGGCCGACAAUAUUGGUGGGCCAAUAUUAUCGGACAUCCCUAAUUUAAAAAUUAAAUGCACAUACAGUAGCUUUCAAUAGCAUUUUUGAUUGGAAAGAAAUUGAAAGAAGUGGACAAAAGUUAAUAUGUGCGUCUAAAAACAAAUGAAAGAGGAAUUAUAAGUCCAGUGUACAAUGAUAUGCAGUAAUCCCUCGCCCUUCACUCUAUCACAGUUUUUCAAAAAUAUCCAUCCAUCCGUCUUCUUCCGCUUAUCCGAGGUCGGGUCGCGGGGGCAGCAGCCUAAGCAGGGAAGCCCAGACUUCCCUCUCGCUGGCUGCUUCGUCCAGAUCCUCCCUGUGGAUCUCGAGGCGUUUCCAGGACAGUUGAGAGAAACCGUCUCUCCAACGUGUCCUUUGUCUUCCCCGAGGCUUCCUACCAGUCGGACAUGCCCUGAACACCUCCCCAGGGAGGCGUCCGGGAGGCAUCCUCACCGGAUGCCCGAGCCACCUCAUCUCAUAUUUUUUGCCUAAAUGAAGUAUUUUCAAGCAUAAAAAUGGCUAAGUGAACUAACAUACAAACAUACAAGCAUUCAGAAAACGCAUUCAAAGACAUUGUGAUAUGUAGUAUUCUACACAGGUCACUAGGUGUCAGUAAUGUUACUGAGACACACAAGCAUCAGACUUGAUCACCGGCACAACAGGCUUUUAUUGCAGGUUUGAAUUAUCUCGCAACAAGCACAAUAAUCCCCAACACAGGUUGUUGUUGCGGCCGCAACCUACGCCAGGCUAAAACUCAUCCCUGAAACCCCAAUGUCGCCUCUUGCCCGCGCUACCCAAGUCUUACUAAUGUCUUAAAUAGCUUAUUUUCUCUUAUUAUGUCUACUAUAUUAGGUAAUACGAAUGCAAAGGUGACUAUAGGGGUGUUAUUUCAUGUCUAGAGGGCUCUAAUAGUGUUGAAAAAAUGUAUUUAGAUGGUCGUAAACAGGUUUUCUAUGCUCUAAUUACGAAAAUAUAAUUUUUUUAAAAUAAGGAAUCCUACUUCAUGGGAAUUCAUGAAUCACGGUCAGGUUUGGAACCAAUUAACCACAAUAAAUGAGGGAUUACUGCAUUUCACACUGAAUGUGGCCCAUACUGCACCUCAAUUACAUAGCAAAAACAAAAAUACCACAAGGCUAACUGGCCCGCACUGUAGCAACUGUGUUGGCUAGCUACUGUGCUACAAUGCAUUGCAGCCACUGCGUCUGUGUUUACGGCAUGCCGUGCAACCUUAAAUUGAGCAUUUACGUGAUAGUUUGGAGUUUUGGAUCAGAUCUUUUUUUUUUUUUUAAUUCCGCUAUCCGAUGCAUUACAUUUGGACCGAUAUCGAUCCUGAGUAUCGCAUCGGACCAUCCCUAAUUAUUAGAGCUUCACAAAACAAAGCUCUGAUAUUCACACAUUUGCCCACCAUGAUAUGUUAUAAAUGCAUGGUGUCGUCACUCUGUGGGGGGGCCCUACUACAGUGUUGUUGGGCAAAAGUAAUUUCAGUGCUGUAUUUGUCUGUUGCAGUCUAGCUUGUGUUCAGUACAGUACAAACAAUGUAAACCUAGACUGUAGUUGAAUUACUGUGAAAAUAUUACCGAGUAGAGCAGUUCUACAUAGGAAUCACACAAACAGCCCACAAAUGGAAAAAAAAAAAUGUGUUGAAAUGAGAUUAUAGUCAGGUGUAUUGUUUAGAAGGUAGGGUCUCUAUGUUUGAACAAACUUCAUAGACGUUCAAUCACACGACUGACAAAGAAAAUCUCAGUACUGUAUCGCUAAAGACUGCAGCUCAGUUUGCAGUCUUUGGUUUCAUCCUACUCUGGCUGGACACACGCAUUUAGACACUUCAAGGAUGUUAGACAAGUAGGAAAGUAGAAAACCUGGUGCUAAUAUACACUGCACAAGUAAAACAUACACUAUGUCUCUCCGGCUUAAUCUAUAACGUUAAUGAUUUGUGAGUAAUGAUACCAUUGUAAAAUGCAUUUUUCCUUAAACCUAAGGACACAAUCUACUAGGGGUGUAACGGUACGUGUGUUCAUAAUCGGAUUUUUUACGGUUCGGUACAGAGACUUCGACUCAGACUUUAUUGAUCCACAAGGGAUACAGUAGCUCAAUUGCAGAAGCAAAAAUAAAUAAAUAAAAUGCAGUGCAGUAUGAAUAAAAUAUAAUAAAAUAAGAAUAUAAAAAACAAUAUUGUGAAACUGUGCAAAAAUCUAAGUAAAUACAAGUAAAAUUACACCUUAAACCAGGGAGGGCAGACAGUACAGUGCAAUAAUGUCGUGAAUUAUCUUUUACGGACAGGUGAGGUAUUGUAGAGCUGGAUAGCGUGUUGAAGAAAUGAAGUCCUGUAGCGUUCACUGUGGGAACGGAACUGGAGGAGUCUGUUGGAAAAUAAGCUCAGCUGCCCCUCUAUUGUCCGAUGUAGUGGGUGACGGAGACAGAGCAAUUCCCCCACACAUUACAGUGCACAUUAAGUGAGGGACAGCAAGUGUUUGUGGUGUCAAGUGUACUCCGUAAACAAAUACAGUGGAGUCCAGCCUAGGGGUAGCAAUAGUGCUAAGGAGAAGCUGGAGCUUGAAAACCCUCCUCUGUUUUUAAUGUCUCCUGUUUGAGAAAAAUUUGACUUCCUGGUGAAAUACAUAAAACGGACAAAGACAGCUGGACAAGACGAAAGCAGUGUGCCACCAUUGUUUAGUAGAGAUGGGGAACAGAGCUACAAACUGGGACUAUUAAUCCUGCAGUUUAGCCAAUAGGGAGCUUUACUUCAUUCACACUCUUCUUUUGCACUUGACUGCCUCGUUGUACUUUACUAAAAAGAGACCUUGUUAACCAAGGGUGUCCAAAGUGUGGCCAUUGCAUCCCACAGCUUAUUUUUUAUUGGCUCUCGGAAUAUUGUAAAAAUACUGACACUCACUCCAUAGUGAGUCAGUCAUAUACUGUAGUCUCCCUGUCUCAGUGGGUGGAGGCGGGGCUGCUAGCAUACACACAGAGUGCAAGAGUGUAACGUAGUCCAAAUUAAAUCAGUAGAUUGCAAUAUAUUGUCACAUUUUAAAAAUAUUUUUUCGUUGUACUUUUCUUAAAAGUAAUGUUAAAACCUCGUCCCGUCUCAUUCUCGUGGACCCGAUCUCGUGGAUCGUCUCGUCUCAUGAACUGAGUGUCUUGUGACACCCCUAGAGAUGAGAUACAUUAUUAGAUAUUACACUCAUUUGCUUUGUUACUAAGAAGCUAAGAUGCGGAUGUUUUUUUUCAGGUAGCUUAGCAUAUGUUGCACUUCGAUAGCAGUGCAUAAUAUUUCACUGUGAGUAACGGUAACAGCGUUGUCACAUUUGGAAUAAUAAUGAAUAGAUUGCCCGUGACGGGAAAGCAACAACGACGUUACUCCCAACACUGGUUCACACAACAACUACACUGUUUUGUUUUGUUUUGUUCCCUUACUUUAACAGCAAAGUACAGUAUGUGCCAAACCGUGAUUAUGGCGUAGCGUUACACCCCGAUAAAAUUCCAUGCGAUUGCCAUUUGGCACAACGAUGGAAUGUAAUUCGAUUAGAUUAGAUAGAACAGGCAAAAGCAAAAUAAAUGAAAAUACAGCAGCAGAUACCAUAAUGCGCUCAAAUACUUUGGGCGGAGAUCGUUGUCGUAAACUUGAGACAUAGCAUAUCUUGUUUCUUCUGCAGUUACUUUUACGUCAGCGUGUUGAUGAAGUAAUGCGGAGGAAAAGUACUGUAUGUAUAUUAUGUGUCAACUGUGUCCAAAUCUUCAGUGUAUAAGGGAGGGGGGGAAACCUACACUUUCCUUACACUUUGUAUAUAAUAAUAAUAAUAAUAUGGAUUAUUAUUAUUACUUUGUAUAUAAUGUCUUAAGUCAGCAUACCUUGUCUUAGCUAUUUUUUGUACAACAGAGUAUAAUGCGCAUAUUGAAGACCGAGUAGUGUAGGAUCAGUGACACAUUAGAACGUUAUGUAACAGACCCAUGUCCAAAUGUGAGUAAAGGACACCUCCGAAUACGGAAAUGAGUCAGAGCUCGCCGAA